AUGGACAAUUACACCACAGUGACCACAUUCCUUCUGUGGGGCUUUUCCAGUUUCCCAGAAAUAGAGAAUCUACUCUUCGUGGUGAUUUUCUCUUGCCAUGUGACAAUCCUACUUGCAAAUGUGUCCAUAAUGGUGGCCAUCAAGUUCAAUCACAACCUUCACACCCCCAUGUAUUUUUUGCUCUUUGGCCUCUCCUUUUCAGAAACCUGUACCACUAUGGUAAUCAUUCCCCGCAUGUUAGUGGAUUUGCUAUCAGAGAGCAAGACCAUUUCUCUUCCUGAGUGUGCUACACAGAUGUUUUUCUUCUUUGGUUUAGGUGGAAAUAAUUGCUUCAUUUUAGCCGCCAUGUCCUAUGACCGUUACAUUGCCAUCUACAAUCCUCUGCAUUAUCCCAUGCUGAUGACCAAAAAGAUCUGCUUUCAACUGAUAACAGCAUCUUGUAUAGUUGGAUUCCUGGUUUCACUGUCCAUUGUCAGCAUUAUAUUCAACUUCUCUUUUUGUGACUCUUACACUAUCCAGCAUUUCUUCUGUGACAUCUUGCCUGUGGCUAGCCUUGCUUGUGAUUAUACUCCCUUUCAUGAAAUGGCUAUUUUUAUGCUCUCUGCCUUUGUAUUAGUGGGCAGCUUUAUUUUAAUUGUGAUUUCCUACAUCUUCAUUCUGUCUUUAGUUGUGAAGAUGCCUUCUGCAAGUGGCAGGUCUAAGGCCUUCUCUACCUGCUCCUCUCACCUCACUGUGGUGUGUAUACACUAUGGCUUCACUUGUUAUAUCUAUCUGAGGCCCAAGAGCAGUGACUCCUUCAGCGAAGACAUGCUGAUGGCUGUGACAUACACGGUGCUGACCCCUCUGCUUAACCCCAUUGUUUACAGCCUAAGGAACAAAGAGAUGCAAGUGGCCCUGGGGAAAGUACUAGAGAAUGGCCAUAGGUUUAUUUCUAGGUUGUAA